AGUCAGGCAUCUUUGAGCAAAAUGGGGGUGAAGAGUGUUUUCUGCAUGUGAUGGGAGUAUGUUGAUUAACAAAUGUACCUUGUCCAGCAGAAUGAGUGCGGAAUUUACUCAGCCUAACACACGAUGGGUUCACGAAUAAGGGACAACAUCAAACAUUUGUUCCAGUGUUUCUGUGAAGUAGUUGCACCAAGAGGUGACAAAGAAGCAUGGAUAAUACAAAAGUUUCCUGACAGCUACAGAGAUGAAGAAGUGUUGAAAUCUGUUCCCAAGUUUGCAUACCCAUGUGAAUUUCGAAACACUGUUGUUCAACACUACUCAUUUGUUCUUACAAGCAUAGACUCAAAAUGGACAUUUGGCUUUUGUCGUCAUGAUCCAAAAACAGAGACUGCACUUGUGAUAUUAAGCUUUUUACCAUGGCAUGAAUCAUUUUAUAAAUUACUAAAUCAUGUAGCAGAAAUAACUCACAAUUCUAACACAGAAGAGCUGUACAGAUUUUUAAAUGCAGUUUAUGAGGGUAAUGUACCUGAACCAGGGACUGUUAUGCAGGUGCCUUUUAAUAAUGGUGAAAGUAUUUUCAUCUGUAAGUGCCCAAACCAGUUUCAGCUGCCCAGUAUUCCAGAAAAUAGAAAUUUGACAGAAUACUACAGUGCUGUCGAUGGGCACAAUAUGAUGGUUAUAUUUGCCUCUAUGCUAUAUGAGCGUCGUAUCAUUUUCACUUCAAAAAAAUUAUCAAGACUGAGUGCCUGCGUGCAGUCUGCAAAUGCUGUGAUCUACCCAAUGAAUUGGCAACACAUAUUUAUCCCAGUUCUUCCAAUGGCACUAAUGGACUAUUUAUUUGCUCCAAUGCCUUACUUGAUUGGUGUACCUGAGCCAGUGUUGCAGCGUGUCAAAAGAAGUGAUCUUGGUGAAGUUAUUAUAUUGGAUGCUGACAGUAAUACUGUGGAGACACCUUUUGAAGACCUUGAGUCUCUCCCUGCUGAUGUGGUAAAUUCUUUAAAGAGGCAACUACGAAACCGAGCUGCUCUGUUGGGUGAUGGUGUGUCUCGAGCGUUCUUAAAAGCUCUUGUCCAGUUAAUCGGUGGCUAUAGAGAUGCAUUAAAGUUUCAGCAAGGCCAGAAAAUAACAUUUGAUCCUGAAGCAUUUAUUGAGUCUCGGCCAAUGAGUAUGCAACCAUUUUUGAGGAAGAUGUUACAGCUUCAGAUAUUUCAGCAGUUCAUAGAAGAAAGACUUGAUAUGCUCAACAGUGGCCUUGGAUUUUCUGAUGAAUUUGAAAUGGAAGCGUGUAAUUAUUCUGGGAAGUCAAGUUCAAAACUGAAGCAGCAGUACAAAGAUUGGACAUCAACAAUGAAAAAAGAAGGAACUGCCUUUUUCAAGACUGUCAAGAGCAAGGCCAAUCCAGCUAUGAAGUCAGCAGUGAAGACUGUAAGGGAACGAGGGAAAGAAGUUCGUACAGCAUACAAGGGAAUACGGUCAAAAUGGCGAGAUAGUCAGCCUCGUGACAGUUCCAGCAGUCAUGAAGGAGUUGAGUAUACAGAAGAAAGUAAUGGUAAACCCCGUUCAGCACCAACAUCACCAAUUAACAAGAGACGCCAGACAGUGCCAGGUUCCAAAGUUAAAGCCACUGUGUCCUAUAGAAGAGAAAGUAACUUGCAGAGGAAAAGGCCUCCAAGUGGAAACAGGACAAAACCGUACUGUGCUCUGAGCCCACUUUCUGACCAGAGUCCUUCUGAAGGAGGGCCAUCAGAAUUGAGCACCAGCCCACCAGCACAAGAUUUGACACCACUGGAUAUGAAUCUGAUGGGGGAUCUCCAAGACAUUUUCAAAAAGUGUUCAGCCCUAACAGAUGUGACUGACGAUGUUUCCCCUCCAGUGGACAGAACAUUGAAGCCUGUACGAAGCCUUGAAAGUUUCAAGCACUCACCAGGAAGUGGCACAGAUUUGCUUUCAGUUCCUGUUCCCUUACCAAAGAAUCGCCCACCAGUCCAAAUAGUACCACAAGCUAUAACCCCAGUGUCCUCCUGCACUAGCAGUAAUUCAUCAUCACCAGAGAAAACCUCUCCAGGCAACCAUAUUUCACUGCUUCCUAAUACUGCUUGUACUUCAACUUUUGAUGGUAUUGGCUGUGAUUUAUUUGGUGCCACACCAUUUAUCAUAAAUGAUUCCGCACAUGAAGACUCACUGUUUGUAGUGGCUUCCACAUCUUCCAUAGAUAUGGUCAGGCUGCCUCCUCCAGCACAAACAUUCCGGAAUAAAAAGCCUGGAGCAGAAGCUGAUCUUAUACGUCUGGACUCUACACCCAGUGAUGAAGAUUUUGAUCCUCUGUUAUCAAGAGACCAAGGAGGUGAUAAUGGAAUUUCUUCAAGUGCUGGGAAUUUCCAACCAUCUUCACAGAAACAUAUCGCUCUUGAAGGCCUAACUAACCCUUUAUAUCCUUAUUUUGUUCCAUCAACGAUGGAGAAAAGUCCUGUCCUUGAAAGUACACCACCACCAGCUGGGAACAGAAGCUUUCUUUAUUCAGCAUCAACAGCACAUCUUUUAGCUGCUAACAGACUGCAGACAGGUCAAAGCACAUUUUUCUCAGCAGAUCCUAAAAAUAUUCAAAAGACAACAAACUGUACUUUCAGUGCCCCCAGCCCAUCGUCAAAGACUUUCUCUCAAACAUCUGUCUCUGGAGCAGUAACAAGCAGUCAAGAUCUAGAUUUACUAAGAGAGUAUGGUUUAGAUUUCAAUAACUUAAGCAUUCAGAAUGGCAACACAAAGCCUAAUUCAUCAAGUAAUGUACAGCAAUCAAAUAAUAUAUUUGAAAAUUUGGUUGAUCUUAGUGAUGCCACGUUAAAGAAAUCACAGACUCAAUGGACAAAAUUUGAUUAAAUCAAAUGGUGAGGCCUGAAUGUAUAUAUUAUAUAUUGCUCACUGGCCAGUGCAUUAUUAAUAAAAUGCUGGUAAACUUGCAAAAUGAGGGAUGAAGUAGUAUAUUUGUUAUGCGUGACUGAAUGAGGGAAUGAGUGAAAUUGCGCACACUUAUGCUAUACACAAGAAUCCUACUUUUUUUUAAAUUAAGGUGUCUUUAAUAAAAUAUUUAAAAAAAUAUUUAAAAUUGUGUGUGUGUGUGUGUGUGUGUGUGUGUGUGUGUGUGUGUGUGUGUGUGUGUGUGUGUGUGUGUGUGUGCAGUUGCGUCUCAAGGUUGGCAGCAGAAAGCAGAUGAUAAAGGCAACAUGUGAAUAAACUUGCUCUGCCCUGCCCCAUUUGGAAAAAAAUGUUAUUCUGGUGUUUCAUUAUUUCUGCCUAAGAUAUAAAGUUACAGUUGAAAUGUUAAAAGUUGUCAGUUGUCAUGUUGAACUGUAUAUUAAUGUUUGAACUGUUCUUUUGCAAAUAGUGCUGUAUUUGCAAUGAUUUUGAACUGAAAGAGCAUUAUACAUAUAAAAGCUAGUCAUCUGAAAAUAUUUUAAUGUGCAUAAACUUACUGAAAAAACUUAUUUGUGUCAUAUCAUUCAUUAAAUUAUUACACUGUAACUUGGAGCUGUGUUUCUUCUUUGGCCUAUCAACACUGCUGUGCAAAAAAGUUUGUAAAUAAUUGACUUCAUCACUGAAAAUUGUCCAAGUGCAUCAUAGGAUGUCGGAUGUAUUAUGUGAGUACACUGCAAAAUAAAAACAGGAACCUUUUAUGACUUAAAUACUAACAAUAUGCAGUUUAAGCAUCACACAUCACAUUUAAAUUCAAAAUUUGCGUUACAAGUACACCACAUCACUGCUAGUAUGUAGUUUGGACUAACAUAUUGUAGAAUGAGGGGAGGAUACAUUCAUCUGAGAUGUGAAGGAAUUAAUGACACACUUGUAUAACUUCUUAUCAAAAUAUCUCUUAGUCAGAUUCCAUUCAUUUACAGAUGAGGAAAUGAGAUAAAGUGGAAUGAAUGCAUCACAGAAGUAAUGUCCAUAGUGAGUAUGUUUUUGUUUAUAGUACUUUCUUGGAUUCCAUUCUACCACUAGCUGUGAAAUAAGUUGUGUCGCAAACAGUGUAUGGCAACAGGACAUCUGUUGAUCUUGUUAACAUAAGCCAAUGUAGACAGUGAAGAAAAAAACAGCAAUCAGUCACAAAAUCCAUAAUUUUAUUACAGCAGAUAAAUUUCAGCUAUGAUAUAGUCAUCUUCAGUGCAUAUAACAACAGUUGACAUUAAUCCAUAGUGUUAGUUGGUUGCUGUAGAGCAACGGGAGUCUAACAUGAACUCAUGUUAGACUCCUGUACACUCUACCCCAACCAAUACUGUUUACUACAUGUCACUUUGGAGUAAUGUCAUCUGUUGUUGUAAAUGCACUGAAGACGACUAUGUAAUAGUUAAAAUUUAAAUCUGCUGUAACAAAAUAGAUUUUGCAACCAAUAGCAGUUCUUUUUUCCAUUGUCUAUAUUCAACAGUUGCUGCGCACAACAGGAUCAUAUGGAUUCCAAUCUGGGCAGUUAAUAUAUUCAAGUUAUUUUCAACAAAUAAUUAUGGUUUAUCAGAUGUUGAAACAAAUUCUAGAAUGUCACUGUACUAACACUAAAUUUUAACUGAAUCACACUUUUAUAUGUCAGUAGGACUACCAUGACUGAAGUUUUCAUGGUACUCCUAAAUAAAUGUCAAGGCAGUAACUGAUUCUUUAUUUUGGCGGAAUUUUAGAGAACAAUUCUCCAUACAUAUCCAGAUUUCUUUCUUUCUUGGGGCCUUUGUCCCGCAGCAAUGCAGGGUGAGCCGUGUUACUAUUGAUUUGAUUUGGCAGUGUUAGUUGGAGAGGGUGGCUGGAUGCCCUUCGCCCCCCCCCCCCUCCAGCUGUUUGCAUCUGGUGUAAGCCAUGGAUGGAAUAGUGUGAAUGUUUUCAAAUGUCUGCGAGUCGUGUAACUGAGGUGGAACAUGGGGGUCAGCAUGGUAUUCACCUAGCAGGAUGUGGUAAACUGCCUAAAAACAACAUCCAGGCUGGCCGGCAUACUGCCCCGUCAGUAAUCCGCCAGGCGGAUACGAUCCGGGACCAGUGUGCCUACCCCGAGUCCAAGAAGCAGCGCAUUAGCGCUGCCAGCUACCCUGGCAGUUUCAUACACAUCCAGAUUCAGAUACCGUAUUUACUCGAAUCUAAGCCGCACUCGAAUCUAAGCUGCACCUGAAAAAUGAGACUCGAAAUCAAGGAAAACAAAAAUUCCCGAAUCUAAGCCGCACCUGAAAUUUGAGACUCAAAAUUCAAGGGAAGAGAAAAGUUUUAGGCUGCAUCUCCAAAUCAAAACAAAGUUGGUCCAUUGUAAUAUGAGACAUAAUUUAAGGUUAAAUGAAUGAUGAUACAGCUACAGUAGUUUGGUUCGAGUCAUAAGUUUAGCAGUUAAGCUUUACCAGGUAGCCAUUGCUAUGCGUCGGGUGCUCCGUCCGUAUUUAUAUGGGUACCCGUCCUUUUUCACGUGCUUCGUCUGGUUUGAAUUGAUUGCUUAUUUUUCUUUGAUCAGAUAAGUGCCGUUCUCUUUGUUAUAGGUGUUUAUGUCACUCUAAGCUGAAAAUGCAUUGCUGUACUGUGUCAUGCAUUGUUUGUUGCAUUCCGAUAAUGAGUGUUUACGACCUGUUGCCGCUCGCGGCAUGGCUUGCUUUUGUGCGCGCUACCGCCGCUUACAAUUAAAAAGAGGAAUAGUCUUAUUAGCGAAACAAUGGCUAGAGAAAGCUAUUUGUUGUUACUCACACUGUUGCUUUCUUUGAUAAUGAUCAACAAGAACCAAAUGAAAGAUUGCGUAUGAUAGAUGUUCUGAACGAGAGUUUAGCGAAAAUUUUUCUCCGUUUGAAAAUCUUUGCAGCCGCCUCUUUAGUACAUUACAUUCUGCACAGAAAUUAGUCAUCUUAGAUUUAAAAAUCUAGUCAAUUGCUGUGCUUCAUUUCUGACUGUAUCACUAUUAGGCACAAGAAUAAUAUGAAUAUAAACAUGACAUGAUAUGUGUAUUCUUCCACAUUUGCUGUUGUCUCACUCUAGUCUCAUUCUAGUUUCGUAGUUUAUUAGGCAGACAGGAUUUAAAUGAGAUAGCAGCAAACACAAAAGAAUACAUGACAAAAUGUUUAUAUUCGUAUUAUUCUUAUGGUGAAGAGAAUAGUAGAGUUGGCCAUAUUAACAAACAUCCCAAACAGUCUUGCCAGUCGGAUUUUCGUAGUACAUUGAAAUGCUGCUACAUUCGAUGAUGAACAAUACAGAAUUUGUAUUUACUUCGUUGGAUAGUGUAUGAAAAUGCAGUGGUCGAAACUCGGGGCGGAGAAAAAAGCUCGUCUUCCACCUUUUUUUUUUUUAAUUUAUUUACUGAAGCAGAGGUUUUGGCGCCAGUAUUUAUCUUUGUGCCUGCAAAGCAUGCCUGUGUAGCACUACAUAUAUUCGACGGCAGAAGUUAAUUGGUGCCAAGAAAUUGGUGGAGGAUGACCUGAUGCAGGGUAUAAGAAAUCGUUAUCAUUAUUUAGCAUACAAAUGUGAGGAAUGUUACCCACAGGUACACAUUACUGAAGUUAAGCUCUCAUUAUCUGUCUCUCUGCCUUCAUGCCUUCGUACACUUGAACUCAAAAACAAGAUAGUCAUGAACUAAAAAUAAAAUAGACAUUUGGAUAUAAAGUCUUACUUUAAAAUCAGCAACAUUGACACUCUGUUUUACUCGCCAAAGUGCUGCCUUUUCUGUUUUGGUAACGCUGUAGCAUCUACUUACUGUUACACCAACAGCCAGUACACUGGCUUGUUCUGUAAAGAAGUGCACGGUUCCAACUGACUGCACUGAACCAUCAGAUGUUCCACAGUAUUCUUGAGAUGUCACAGGGAACAUUGCCCACUGUUAUCUAUGCAAACUUUUCAAUUACAUCAUACCAUUGCUAAAUUUAAAAAAAAAAAAAAAAAAAAAAAAAAAAAAAAAAAAAAAAAAAAAAAAAAAAAAAAACAUGAAUCCACUCUUCCAUUUGUAGAUUAAGUGCAUUAUCAAAUCUGUCUCGAUGAAUUGAUAUUUCUAGUUCUUCAAGUAGGUCAAGCUUGCUUCCCUUUUUUGCUGCACGCACCAUCUCUAAAUCCUCUUCAGUGGCCUUUUCAUAUAUGUGUUUGGCUAUUACAGAUUUACCAUAAUUACCCAGUCUGAAACUGAAGAGGUGAGCAUUUUACGGAGAUGGCAAUGUCUUCUUCAUGUCCCUUGCAACAUUUCUGGAAUACUGUGGAACAGUUGAUGGUUCAGUGAGAGACCAAAUACUUGUUUACAGAACAAUCCAGUGUACAAGUGGCUCCUGUCAUGUUAAGCAAAUGCGACUGGUGUUAACACUAUAGAAAAAGGGAUGCUUUGGUGAAUAGGAAGUUGUAUGAAGAACCAAAACAAGUAUCAGCCACUGCCAAUUUUAAAGUAAGACAUGGACUUUAUGUCCAAAUAUCUUUAUUUUAUUUCAUGUAUUUUGUGCCUUUUUAAGUGUGUGUGUGUGUGUGUGUGUGUGUGUGUGUGUGUGUGUGUGUGUGUGAAGAAUGGGGCUUGUGGAUAAAAUUUCCCACAAUUGUGUGCAGAUAACAUUUCUUGCAACUUUUUGUUGUAUGCUUGAUCAGUGUUCUGCACCCUUUUAUUACUCACAAUACACACAGAAGCGUCUAGACUCACCACGGCAUACCAAAAUGUCUGUUUCCUAAAAAUCAUAUGAAUAUUAACACAAUUACAAAUUAUUAUGUUGUUAUGUAUUCAUUUGUUAUUAUUAUAAAACAUAAGUAGACUCAACCCAUGACUCAUGCAUUUAUUAACAACUUAUUAACUUUAAUUCACUGUAGAAAACAGAUAUUUCUAAUAUAAUAUACUCAUAUCUUCACUGCGAUACUUGAGCCUGUUUCGCUGCACUCAGACACUUGAUUUAUCAUGGAAUCAUUGACAAAGCAGGCCCCCGGUUCUUCAUCGAUGAAUUUCAAUCAAUGUCAAGAAGCCAGUUCACAUAAAUAUCUAGUUGAAAAUAGUAAUAUUACAUUAACUGCCACCUCAGAAAUAGCUAGGUAUUCACUGCUUAUUCACAACCAAAUAUGCAAAGGUACUUCAAAAAAUUUUGAUUUCAGUGUCCUCUAAGCUUUCAAAUCUACCAGUUCCUGUUGAAAGCUCUCAGUAUCAUACCUUUUUGUUUUUUUCUCGUUAUUAAUUUGUAUGAACAUUUUCUUUUUCUUUUUAGUAACAAGAAAUUUGUACAUUGCUGCAGAAGACGGCAAAGAUAGGCUCUUAAAAUUAUCUUUGUAACAGAAGAGCAAUGUCCAGGGAAUAUUAAUUUUUUUAACAACUUUUGUUUCAAGCCCACUUGGGAGUACUUAUAUUUAAGAUCUCACAUAAAAAGGACAUGUAAUUUUUACUCGUGUGUCAACAAUGUGUGUAGUAAAUGCUAUGUGUAUAUAAAAAUGCAAGAAAAAAUAUAUAUAUCAAAAAUCAA